AUGAGUCAUAAAGCAAGAGAUUCCUCUUUUUGGAAUAUGUUGCAAUAUGGUAGACCAUCUACUCCUUUAUUAGAGGAUACUGAUAAUAUUACAACCGAAAUACCCGAACAACAACAACAACAACAACAACAACAACAACAACAAAACUAUUAUGAUUCUGAUGAUGAUGCUGAUGAUGAAAAGAAACCAUUCUUAUCAAAUGAAAAGAUUGAUUUAGAAGCAAAUAAUAAUAAUGAAGAACAUAUUUAUAGAAAGAAAAAGAAGAAUCAUCAUUCAUUCCUUAAAAUAUCAAUUUUAUUAGUAAGUUUUUACUUAUUUUAUUUCUUAUAUAAUAUUCAUGAUGAUAUUAAAUUAACUUUAUUUAAUCAUCAUAAACAUGGAUGUCAUCGUGGUCAUAAGAAUAUUGACAAGACUAAAAUCACCGGUGUUUCAAACCCUUUAAGUAAUGUCUUUAGUAUUGUUGAUACUGGCUCAUUCACUGGUCCUCAAAAAAGUAUUGCUGUAUCAAACCCCUUUGUCGUCCGUCCAAAUUAUGGUGAAUCUAAAUACAAUACCGUCUUGAUAGAUCAUACAUUUGGUCAAUCUUGGGGGGUUCCAGCUAUUCUGAAAUUUAAUCCACCUUCAGAUAUUGAAUAUAAUAAAGUUGUAUUAACUUUACAUACAGAAGUUGAUGGAGUUCAAUAUGAUAGAUUGGCUAAUUUAUUUGUUAAUGGGGUUCAAAUUUGGAGAACUUCAACUAUUGAACCAGGUGGAAGAAGUGCUUUUAGUGAAUUUAAAAAAGAUGUUUCCAAAUAUUUGAAAUUAUUUAAAGGUGAAACUGCAGAAAUUAUGUUUCAAUUGGAUAAUUUAGUUACUCCUGGAUUAACUGGGGAAUUUAAGAUUUUAUUAAGUGUUGACUUGUAUAAUUCAACUACCUGGCAUCAUGAUCAUGGUCACCAUGAUCACGAUCACGAUCACGAUCACGAUCACGAUCACGAUCACGAUCACGAUCACGACGGCGAUCACGACCACGAUCACGAUCAUGAUCACGACCACGAUCACGAUCAUGAUCACGAUCACGAUCACGACCACGAUGGCGAUGACGAUAAAGAUAAAGAGAUGUCAAAGGAACACUUCCGUCAUGAAGAACAUGGUGAACACAAAAAAGGUAAACAUGGUGAACACAAAGAACAUGCCAAGCACGGAGAACAUGGCAAACAUGGAAAGCAUGGCAAGAAUGGUAAGCAUGGUAAACAUGGUAAACAUGGUAAGCAUGGCAAACACGGAAAGCACAGAAAAGGUGAAGAUAACCACGACCACAAAAAACCAGAAGAAGGAUUAAUCAUAUAUGAACCAAGAGAUAAUGAACCUCAUAGAAGACCACCCAAGAAAUUCUUUGAAAGGCUUAGAAGAGAUCGUGAAAUUUUAUCAAUUAGAAAGCCAGCUGAUGGAAUCUAUCCAUUAACUUUUAAUUCAAAUCCUGAAAAACCACCUGUUCUUUAUAUUCCUUCUGAUAAACUUCAAAUCAAUUUACCUACUGUUCCAAAGAAUACUACCCGUUUAAUUCUUUCAAUUUUCACCAGUGGUAAUGCAGCUGAAGAAUUCUGGUAUACUAAUGUUUUGGAUAAAUAUAAAGAUCAUUUCGCCGAUAAUGGACAUGAAUUUAUUGGAAGAGGUCCAAUUAGAAUCGUGAAUGUUUAUUUCAAUAAUGAAAAGAUUGCCGUCCAAACUCCACAACCAGUUAUUUUCACUGGUGGAAUUUCUCCUGCGUUGUGGUCACCUGUAGUUGGAAUUGAUGCUUUUGAUGUUCCUUCCAUUGAUGUUGAUGUUUCUGGAUUAUUACCAUUAUUAUGGGAAGGUAGUGCUAUUAAGGAUAAAGUAUUAGAAAUUGAAAUUAGUAAUGGAUUAGGUGAAACUGGACAUGAUGAUUCAAGCUCAGUUAAUCUGAAUUGGAUUACUUCUGCUAAUUUAUUAACUUAUGAAAAUGAUCAAGUUAUUGAUGCUUCUGGUGAAAUUCUUAAUAUUGAUAGUUUGAGUAAGGCUAAAGUAGUUUCAUUUGCUCCUCCAUUCACUCAUUCUUUCCAACAAAUAAUCUCCGGUGUUUUUAAUGCUGAACUCGUAUCCAAAUUUAACUUCACUUUGAAAGAUGGCAAGAGUUUAUUAACAACAGUUGAAGCUUACACUAAAGCCAAAGUAUCAAAUGUUCAAGCAUAUUUGAAAGGAGGUGAUAAUCAACAUGUAGUACAUGUCGGACAUUCUGAAAAAUCAAUCUUGAUCAAGCAUGAUAAAUUCAAACAUCCAUCUUCAUCUUCCGACGACGAACCUUCAAAACCACCCAAGAAACAUCUUCAUCCAAUCAUUGAAGCAGUGAAUAUCUCAUCCGUUUAUCCAUUAGUUCUUUCUUUGGUUGAACAUCAAACUGAAUCCGUGCCUGGUGAAUUAUUUGAAAUUGAAUUCGAUGUUAAACUCACGAAUGCAAAGGUUACCGAAGUUAAAUUCGGUCCACCUCCACAUCAUCAUAAGAAAGGAGACAAACCACAUCCACCACCUCCACAUCAUAAGAAAGGAGACGAAUCACAUCCACCACCUCCACCUCCACAUCACAAAGGUGACAAGCAUAAGAAACCAAGACCAGGAUUUAAAGUCACAGUAUCCCAGAAUGGUACUUCGACAUAUGUAUUAUCCCCCCGUGGAAAUCACGGAUUUGGAGGCUUGAGAACCAAAUAUGAAAUCAAGGGUGGAUUUGACAAAAAACAUCAACAUCAUUAUUCUAGGAUUGUUGAUGCCGUCAAUGGAACUAUUGUCAGGGAUGAUGUUGAUCAUGACACAAAGAGAAAAGAAAGAAAACAUAAACAUCAAGGUGGUCAUGAUGAUUUAGGUGAGAUGGUUAUGAAUGUUGUGAAUGAUCAUGAGAAUCUUGGAGACACUAAGGUUUUGACGAUGAAACUUGCUGAUUUAGUCAGGUCUAGUGUUUUUGGAAAACACCACCACCAUCAUCAUCGUAGUUGGAUUGGAAGACAAUUGGCUAAGAUUGGAAGGUUUUUUAGACAUAUUUUCUGUGGUGCUCAUAGAAGAGGAGAGGGUGAACAUGGACAUGGACAUGGACAUCAUGGACAUGGGGAAAGAAAGGAAUAUGGUGGAUAUGGCAGAAAGGAACACGGACAUGAUGGACAUAGACCCUGCAGGAAGGGGAUGCGCGGAAACGGACCACAUCAUGGUGGAGAGGAACAUAGAGGUGGUCAUAGGAGAAUGAGAAUUGGAGGAUUUUAA